CAAUUACUAUGUCGCUUGGCUCAGCGUUACAAUACAGUUCCAACACUGUCAUUUUUUAAUUGAAAAAUAUUUAAGAAAAAAUAUAACCAUAGGACAAGACAUUUGAAAUAAAUGUUAGCUAAGCAAAUCCCAAUAAUGAAUACCGACGAGCUAUAGAUUAGUAAGUUCGUGGUUCAUUGCUCGAUAUUUCUGAUAUACCAGUGUAACAAUGGUUAACUGUUCUACAUACAGGGGUGUUUUACGAUUAUUGAUAGUUUUACUGAUUGUCAAGGAAUUUGUAUCGUCCACUGUUCCUGCAUAUUCAGGUGAUGAUUCUACGACUAAACCUUGUGUGACAAAACCCUUUGUUUUAACAUGGGACAAAGAAGAUUUCCCUAAUCCCCAGACGGAUAUUAAAGGUGACUUUUGUGGACGAGGAUGUAAAUCUUCUUGGAUAUGUGAUCCUGGACACAUUAUAAGCAAUGAGCAAGCUGAUGCCUUGGACAAGGAAAUUGAUUCUAUACGCACAACAACACCUUGUAUGUGUGUGUCCUGUGAGGAUGACGCGAGGGAUGGAGGAGGGUAUAUCAUUUCAAUAGCAUUAGUUCCCUCAAUUACUUACAUACCAGGUGUAGAAAAUGCAGCAGUAAAGAAUUUCACCGAUUAUCUCCGCAAUGUUUCUUGGUCGUAUGGUGAUUGUGGAAAUGAUAUGUUAAUAUUUAUUUCAAGAGAACUUAAAAUGGUCCAAAUAACAGCUGGUAAAAUGAUAAAUGAAAUGUUUGGUAAGGAAUGCUUACUUAAACUUCAAACUGAAGCAGAAGUUUUGAUAAAGCAAGACAAAAUAGCACCAGGAUUAACUCAUUUGAUUUCAAGAUUCAGGCAAAUGUUCAAAUCAAAGUCAUGUGACAUACCAACCCAAGACAGCCAAAUAAAUACUGCGUUAAUAGUCGUCCUAAUUACUGUAGGAAUACUGUUCCUCGUUUGUAUUUUCUCAGUGGUUCUACAUCGACAAGGUCAUUGUCAAAGGUUAAACACAUAUCGUAUUAAUCUUCCACCAAUUACAAUUCGCAUACGUAAACCUCGUAAACACCACAAACACCACCAUCACCACCACGACGACCAUCACGAAGGGAGGCGAGAUAGUGAAGCAUCGCAUUCUGGAGAAGAGUUACAACCGAUGUACACUGUAGAUGAUAUUAAGGAAGGAUUAUCUCAAUAAAGUUCAGUUAACAUUGAGAAAGGCAAGACGUUCGAAAUGAAUGACGGUUAAUUAUUAGGAAAGGAAUAACAGUUUAGAAAAGUAGCAUCUGACAUUGAAACAAAACAUUGGUCAGUUAAUCCUAAAAGUCUUGCUCAAAGGAUCAAAGAAACUUUACCUCGUCAUAUUGCCAAUGUUAUGUAUGUUUUAAGUCCAACUAUAGCAAUAUAGGUACUACUUUUGAGAUUAAUACACUCCUUAUCGUCUCUGUAAAGACGAUAAGGACUGUACUGGACAGUUCACUGGAUAAGUCAAAUAAUGACCUCUUUUUAUAUAUACUUCAAUUGUCAUUUUUAGCCCUUUUUAUGUAAAAUAUACUGUCUCUUUAUUUUGUUUUACUUAUAAACGAAGAGUGAGUUACCUGAACUAGUGAAAAAGUAAACUAAUAUAAAAUAUUGAUAACAGCAUUGUAUGGUUCUGAAAACCUAAUUAUAUUAAGGAAAAGGAAUUUUUCAUUAUUAUACACCUGUUUCCCAUUAUUUCAUGUCAUAAUGGAAAACAUUUUUUUGUGUGUGUUUUAUA